AUGGCGGACGACACGAACGGCAGGGUGAAGCUUGUCAUGGGACAAAUUGAGCAACUCAUUCAGGGCUUGCUGGCGUCACAUGAAGGUGAGCACCGGGCAGUCCAUUCCGUGGACGCGGGGCCCCGAUCCGUGCUUUCAUCUAGAGAGUCCAGAGAAGAGUCGACUCCUUCCGCGCCUCCCUCAGACCCGCACCUGGUGCCUGAGCCUGCACCAGCACCUUGCGCGAGGCGAGUGGAGCCGCCGAAGACGAAGCCAGUGCAAUUUCAGCCAGAAUCCUCCAUUGCCUCCCAGCGAUCCUUGCUGAGCUCUGGGGUAGAGGAGGAGGAGGAAGAAGACGACACCACUGGCUUCAAGCUCGGUCUAUCAUGGACGAAGCGGCAUCAAGAGCUGGGCAAAUACCGAAUCAAUAGCAAGGGUACGAAGACCAUAUCCACCACCAUCGCUGUGGUCUAUGACAUCUCACACAGCCGGCCGUCGAAUUGGAGGCGCUUCUGGGCUGCUGGGGUUGCGGCUGUUCUGUUUUGGGACUGCAUCUCCAUACCUUUGCUCGCGUUGUCCUUCCAUGAGCCUUGGGUGAUGGAGCUACUUCGGAUCAUCUUCUGGACGCUAAGCCUGCCAAUGUUUUGGACAUCGCGGAGCAUCUCUUGCAGUUACGCUGACUUGAUCUCCCUUGGGAAUGUGCUUCUGGAGGUCGUGCUUCUGAUCUUGCUCAUCUGCGCCGCCGUGGCGGGAAGCAGCCCUUCAGUCCAUGUGCAGUUUCUGCUUCGAGGGCCUGAGAUCCUCCGCCUGCGGCACAGCUCCGAGAUCGACGCCUUCCGGGGGCUCUCGCGCAUCUUCGCCAGAUGGAACCGAGGCGAACUCAGAAGGCUGAAGGUGCGUGCGGCAUGGAACGUCUUCUCCACGAUCGUCAUGUGCCUGAUCGGCCUUCACUGGCUGACCUGCGCCUGGUUUGCGUCCGGCCGAGCCUCGGAUGGAUGGGUCCACACCGAGGGGCCUUCUGACUUCAUGGACCUGUCAACCCUGGAGCAGUACCGCGUUACGCUGGAGUGGGCCAUUUCCAGGAUCCCUCCGUCCAAGACCACGGACAACGUCCUGCUCACCUCGCAGACGGAUCGAGGCCUGGCCCUCUCAGCAACGGCCAUGAUCCUCCUGAUGGUCUCAAUGUUCACGUCGAUCGUGACCAACGAUCUCUCGGACAUCCGCCGCGUGCAGAGGCAGCAGGGGGAGGCUGACUGCCAGCUUUCUGACUUCCUGGAAACAUUUCCGGUGUCCUGGGCCUUGGAGCGACAGUUGAAAGGCUACCUGAAGCAGACGGUCAAGAGAGUCUACCUGCCCAGCAAGCGAGAUAUCGCUCUGCUUCUUCCCGAGUUGCUCCAUGGGCAGCUUUUUGCCGAGUCGUUUGGGGCCGUCAUCGGCCGCCAUCAGAUGCUGGCGGGGCUCAUGGUGAAGUAUCCCAGCUUCCAGCGAGACCUUUGCAUGAAAGGUCUCGAAGACUGGACGGUGGCCCCCAACGAGGCGCUGUUUUCGCCCGGGCUCUUCUGCCAGAGGAUGCUCUUUGUUGCCUUCAACUUUGUGCUCUACAAGCGGGGCAGCAUGGUGACGCACGCCGAACGGAGCAAUCCCCUGAGCGCCCGGACGUGGACGCUUCCUCGGGGGUCUUCGUGGCUGAAUCUUGGGACUGGGGUCUCCGGGGUGCGUGGGGUGGUGCCCGACCGGAAGGUGUCGAAGGACAGCGCGGUCUUGCGAGUCGUUCCGCGGCAUUGGUUGUGCGAGGCAUGCUUAUGGACCAACUGGCACUACCUGGGCUACGCUGUCGCGGGGACGUGCACGAGCCUUCUGUGCUUGAGCCCGGAGCAGCUGCUGUCCAUCUCGGCGGGGCAUGCGGAGCUCUCGGCGGAGCUGAUGAUUCAUGCGCGCCUCUUCCUCCACGCCCUGAACGAGAUGGACGAGACGGAGCUCAGUGAUGUGCACCACAUCGUCGCGUGA